CCAAAAGAUGCAAUUGCUAAUUGCUAUGUUCCUCUCGAUUCCUGAUGCGAAUAUUAGAGUAUUGUCUGGUUGAGAACGGGUGACAACUUGAGAGGUCAAUGUUAGGAAUAUAUACAUAAAAUAAAAUAAAAAACAGCGUGUUGUAUCUAAAGCUGCUUGGCUACAAACGAUGCCAUAUUUGGCUUCUUUUGUGACAAGAAUAUAGCAUUUUCUUCUCAAAGGUAUCCAAUUCGUAAGUAUAAUUUCCCUGUGGUGGACUUUAACUAUUGUAUUGGAAGUAGUUUUGAGAGAUUCAAUGGAGUCACCCUUCAAGGAUACAGUGGUGAAGGGAAAAGUGGCGCUGGUGACAGGAGGGGGUACAGGAAUAGGGUUUGAAAUAUGCACUCAAUUAGGGAAGCAUGGCGCCUCCAUUGCCAUCAUGAGUCGCAGGAAGAAUGUUGUCGAUACAGCAGCAGCUGCUCUUCAAGCUCAAGGCAUCAAGGCGAUUGGAGUUCAAGGAGAUGUUCGAAAUAAAGAGGAUGCCGCACGUGUUGUUGAACAAAUAGUAAAGUAUUUUGGAAGGCUUGAUAUUCUUGUAAAUAAUGCUGCUGGCAACUUUCUUGUGCCUGCAGAAGAUUUGUCUCCAAAUGGACUCCGAACAGUACUGGAUAUCGAUGCUGUUGGCACGUUUACAAUGAGUCAGGCAGCACUGAAGUAUUUGAGGAAAGGUGGAGUUGGAAAGCCUCCUUCAGAGGCUGGUGUUAUUUUAAACAUAAGUGCUACAUUACAUUACACAGCUGCCUGGUAUCAAAUUCAUGUCUCUGCUGCAAAGGCAGCUGUUGAUAGUCUUACGAGGUCUUUGGCAUUAGAGUGGGGGACAGAUUAUGGAAUACGGGUAAAUGGUAUUGCACCUGGUCCAAUUGAAGGGACUCCUGGAAUGGACAAACUUGCACCCAAGGAAAUCCUAGGAGAUCUUCGGAUGAGCCAACCUCUUUACAAACCAGGAGAAAAGUGGGAUAUUGCCAUGGCAAUCAUCUAUUUGGCAUCUGAUACUGGCAAGUAUGUGAAUGGAACAGUACUUGUUGUUGAUGGAGGACUGUGGCUUAGUCACCCUCGAUUUAUACCAAAAGAAACUAUCAAAUCCAUCUCCAGAGUUGUCGAGACAAAGUCUAGAGCCACAGACUAUACUCCGAAAAGCAAGUUAUAAUACAAUGAGGAUUUGUUUACUCUUUAAACUCUGAUACCAAGCUGUAUCUCCUUCUUUUAAAGAGAUCUGCUACCAUUAUUAUUGUGAUUUUUCAAAUUCAAGUAAUCUUAUUCCAUUUGCUAGGAAAACUAAAAGGGAACAACUAUGUUGAUCUGUAUAAUUCAUUAGCUCGAAAAAAGGUGAAAUUGAAAUCUUCUUUCCCAUCA